AUAAGCAAUGAUAUCGAUGAUGUUAGUAGUGAUGGAUUUACUAAUAUUCCGCGCAAUACAAACCCAGCAUCAUCGAUUUAAAAACAAACUCCAAUAUCUUUUAUACAAUCGUUAGCUUAGAAGCAAGAAGGAUACCCCACCACUUGACCAUUCACCAUUCAAUCGGUCACGUGGUUUCUAUCAUCACCACCACCCUCAAUGCAGCGCAACUAGUGUGGAGCUUUUCGGCCGACGAACUAUAAAAGCCGAAACAAGCGUUGCAGUAGUUCAGUUGGAAAGAUAGAUUCAUCGACGAAGCUUCAAACCAGGUACCAAAAUGAGCGAUAACGAGCUUUCAAACGCCGUUACCCAAGCCCUUUUGGAGCUGUAUCAACGCCAUGGCAUACCUAUGGUCUCGCAACCGAUGGUCGGAGUUGGGGAGAAUGCCUACGGACAGGUUCUCCGGGUGAGUUGGCCCACGAUCGCGGACGCAGCCACCGUGGUGGUCAAAAUGGCGCCUAGGAACGAGGCCCGAAGAUCCCAUAUGCACGUCGUGGACUACUAUGCUCGCGAGGUCUUCAUGUACCAGGAGGUGUUCCCCGUUUUCCGGGCACUAUCUCCAGAUCGUAACACUUUCACCGUGGCACCGGCCCUACAGGCCAAUGACUUGAAAGCUCCCGAUGAGUUCUUGAUUUUCGAGGACCUGUCCGAGAGUGGAUUUCGGCCCAAUUCGCGCAGUAUUAUGCCUACCUACGACAUCGUGGUCUGCUCCCUGAAAGCUUUGGCGGAGCUACAUGCAUGCUCCUUCAUCCUGCAGCAGACCGAUCCCUUGCAGUUCAAGCAGUUGGUGGAGUUCGUGGAGAAGGACAACCUAUUUACACCCGACAUUGAGGAGGUCACAAUUGAGUUUGGAAAGGCGCAGUUGCGCAGGGCGAGAAACAUCCUUAAUGAAUCCGAUGGCGACCAAGUGGCCGCGGUCCAGGAAGUCCUGCAACUGUGUGAAAAGCAGCUGAAAUCCUUGGCUCUUUACUGUGUGGAUGGAAAGGCGCAGGCGCCACAUGCUGUUAUCUGUCACGGUGACUUCUGGAAUAACAAUAUUCUCUAUAGGCAUGAGCCCAAUUCUGAUCAACCUGUGGAGGCCAAGCUGAUCGACUUUCAAAUGUCUCGCUAUGCUCCGCCGGUACUGGAUAUAGUCCAUUACCUGUUUGCCUGCACGGAGAAACGAUUGCGGGACGAGCACUUCCCCGCCUUCAUGGAUGCUUACUACAACACGCUGGACCAGAAAUUGAAGUCCUGCCAUCUUUCCCUCGAGGACAUAUAUCCGCGCAGCGUCUUCAAUAGGCAAUUGCAACUGUACGGUGUUUACGGCUUGAUAAUGGGAGCAUUUUCUCUACCCUUUUUCAUUUCCAAUGCCAACGAAGUAAUUGAUAUCGACACGGUUUCCGAGGCCAUCCAGAGUAUUUCGACAUCCUCUGAGGAACCCAAGUACAAGGAGCUGAUUGAAGAAUACGAAAUUCUUAACGCCCGGACUUUACCGAUUUUCAAGCGGCGAAUCACUGGUAUCGUCGAGGAUCUUAUAAAGUACAACAUGACGGAGCCGCUAUUCAAACUGGACUCCGAGCCAAGUGCUAAAGUAUUAUAGAUAAUAACAUUAAUAGAACACUUCCCAUAGAAGUUAAGGGUGUAAAUAUGUUGAGUGUAAGAGAGACAUAACUAAAGCUUCUGCCAGUAUACAUAUGUGAUUCUUUCAUAUUUAUUCAGGGAACUCUAAGAUUCUACAAAUUCAUAACUUAAAUUAAAAUCCGCAUAACAAAUAAAGUUACCUAAAUGUCUGCAA